AUCCGACCUCCUGCAGCCUCAAAUGGGUCAGAUGAGGUUCUGGAGUCCAGCAGAACCUCUCUGGUGCUGUUCUGACUCUUAUUUUGAAAGGAUCUUCCUGUUUCCUGAUGGGUGGGGCGGAGCUUCCGGUCAGAACCAGAGCAGGCCAAUUUUGACCCUCUGGCUGUGGUUCUGGUCCUGAACAUCCAAGUAAAAAACUGUUAGUUUCUCUUGAUCCGAACAAUCAGAACCGGAUCGGUUCUGAUUGCUGUGAGGACUCAGAACCUGAACCUGAACUUUAGGUUUACCAUCAGACCCAAGUGUGACCCAACUCUUUUUGUGUUUCAGCGCCAUGGAGGCUCAUCAGAACCGUCUGCAGCAGCUGGCGUCAAAGGUUCUGAGGGAGCGCUGGCUGCUGGAAGGACCCGCUGGACCGGACCAGAACCAGGACCCAGACCAGGUCCUGAGUCAGCUGGAGGAGGACGAGGCCAGAACCAGAACCCUGGAAGAGUCCAUCAGGAGGUUGGAGCAGGAAGUUUCUAGUCUAGAAACUGGACUUGUCUCUCAGACCAUAACACACUCUGUUGUGAUGUCAACACCUGACCCAGCUGUUGAGGUCAAAGGUCACAGCAGAAUGGAGCAGGGUGGAGCUAAGCCGUCAGGUCAGGUGAUCCAAGACCAUGCAGAGGUCAAAGUUCAAAAAAGUGUUAAAGUCAGUAAACCAAGAGAAGCCCGGGGUGAGAUGAAGAAAGCCAUGUGCAUCCUCUCUGACUGCUUCCUGUCCUCCACUUCCUGUCCUCCAGCCAUGUACUCAGUGGAGAUUAAAGUAGAGCGGGACAGAGUGACGGGGGAAACCAGAGUUCUUUCCACUAACACCAAACUUCCUGUUGACCUCUCUGAUCAAGGGGUCAAAGUUUAUGAAGAUGAACAGAAAGUGGUCCAUGAGAUGAACGGGGACGAUGCUCACCUGCUCAGCUCCGUUGAGGUGGAGGAGCUAAUUCACAAAGCUGAUGAGGCCUCGGUGAUGUCACACUCCGUCACCACGGCAACCUCCCUGCCAACAGGAGAAGUCCUGAGGGAGUCGGGCCUUCCGCCAGAACCAGAACCAGGGUCCACAUGGACCCCCAGCCAUGCCCUGGCUGCCACCACAGAGAUCACGGGGCUGGAGGCGGUGGCCGGCGGGGAGCCAGAGGUGGCGGAGGCCAGCGCUGAGAACCCGGUUACCAUGGUGUUCAUGGGAUACCAGGAGGUGGAGGACGAGGACCAGACCAGGAAGGUUCUGGGGCUGCAGGGCACGGUGAAGGCAGAGCUAGUGCUCAUCGAUGACGGAGAUGGAAAGGUAGAUCCACCUGCCUCUGCUGCCCCGCCCUCUGCUGCCCCAUCCUCUGCUGCCCCGCCCACACCGACCAAAGCUCCAGAAACGGUGAUGGCAAGCAACGGAGAGGCGGCGGUGGAGGGAAGGGCGGUAGCAGGGAAGAAGAAGCAGCCGUGUAAAUGCUGCAGCAUCAUGUGACUGAGACUGAACUAACGCCGCCCACUCCACCUUUCCCUUUAACAUGACAUCACUUCCUGUUUUCUGCUGUCACUUCAACACACCUGCUGUUUCCUGCUGAGAACACUUAAGUACAUUAGCAUUAGCAUGUUAGCAUUCCACUCUCCAGGUGUGUUCACAUGUAUGCCUGUCUGUUUUCUAAAAGAGGAAAUAAACUGGAGUAACCGUGAA